AGAGUUCCUUUGCCAGCUUCCACAGUUUCUGGGGUCAUGGUUGUGUUUUGAAGAAACCUGUUACUCAUGUCUCAUCUUCAUAGACUCAUAGUUUAUCUAGCUCAUAUGUUAUAGGCAGAUAGGUAGUCUUGACCUCUAAUUUGGCGAUUUAAUGUUUUUUGCGGGUGUUUGUUACCAACGAUGAAUACAUGAUAACGAAUAUUCGAGUACUUACCAGCAGACGAAUCAAAUCAACAAUGCUCUUUUGACAACUUAUCUUAAAGUGUCCCUAGAGGUUUCUCCAACUCAUCUUUCAAGUGACCCGUAGAUAGAGGAUAAGAAAUGGGCAUGGGUGCGGGAAUGGGGGGAGUUCAUAUUGAGCUCAAGUUUGCUAAGUUUGUGUCUCAUGGCAGACCCCGCUGCAGUCAGAAUCACCAUAACUAGGUUGAAGAGAGAUUAUCUGAAAUUCGAGGUAUGAUGAUUCAAGCAUUACUUAUAUUCUGCUUACCAAGAGUGACAACACAUGUUGAUUCUACGUUUUCCUAUGACCCAGUUCUAGCACUCAAGUUUUAGACAUCCACAUACCGAGUCCAUAUGUCAGACAUCCCGAAACAUAGUUGACUAAGCGUACCAGACACCGUGUUCGAAUCCGAGCAGUACAUAUUAGGCCUAUCCAGAGUGGAAAACUUCCGUUUUUGAAUUUGGUGUUGAAUGCAGUUGUCUUGACUAUUUUCAGAGUCUUGACAAUGAUAUCCAUGGCACCAGUAGGUGCAAUCACUUUUAUGGUCUAAGAAGAGCAAUCGUGUGCACUGAAAGUUUAACCAGUAAAAGAAAAAUCAUUCGAUCUCCAAAUUGAGCUGAAUCAGCAUUUUGCAGCAUCUCAUUCUCCUGUGAACUGGCAUUGGCAGGUUUUUCUGGACGGUUUCCUCGUUUCGAGCUGGCAGAUGUAUCUGGGAGAAGCACAGGGUGAGUAAUUGUCAUGGGUUGCAUUAUUUCGAAGAAUUCUGAGCGAACACCCGGAUAUGAAGAGCCUAACGUUCUUGCUGCUGCAACACCUUAGCAUUGUCAUGCGCUCCUUUUGUGUACAUUUAGAAUUAUUACUGCAUCAUGAUAGAUGGAGAUAGUACUAUUUUUACUGCAAGCGAAGUUAAGGCCUUAUACGUGCUCUUCAAGAAAUUAAGCAGUUCAAUUAUUGCCGACGGGCUUAUUCACAAGGAAGAGUUUCAGCUUGCACUUUUCAGGAACAGAAAUCAGAGAAAUCUUUUUGCCGACAGGAUAUUUCAUUUGUUUGAUAUGAAGAGAAAUGGGGUCAUCGAGUUUGGUGAAUUCGUGAGAUCACUCGCCGUUUUUCACCCAAAUGCACCAAUAGAAGAUAAGAUUGCAUUUGCUUUCAGGUUGUAUGACUUGAGGAACACCGGAUAUAUCGAGCAAGAGGAGUUGAAGGAAAUGGUAUUGGCACUUCUUCAUGAAUCAGAUUUGGUCCUCUCGGAUGAUGUUAUAGAAAUGAUGGUGGAUAAGACAUUUAGGGAAGCUGAUACAAAAGAUGAUGGAAGAAUUGAUCAGGAAGAGUGGAAGGACUUUGUGUCGAAGAAUCCUACUCUGAUAAGAAACAUGACUGUUCCAUACUUGAAGGAUAUAACAUUGGCAUUUCCCAGUUUCAUAUUGAGUUCUGAGUCUCAAGAUUCAGAAGUAUGACUGCGUUCCAUCGUCAAGGGAUCGACACGUCGGAUCGAUGUAAUAUAGUACCAGUUGAGGCCUCUGAGCAUCUGCCAAGCACCAGUUAGGCAGUUAUCGUGUAGCGAGACAAAAUCUGAAAGCAGGAAGGCGAACAAGAUGCAGGGCGGUCGUCAAGUCUUUUAGUUGGCCAUUUUUAUCGGCGAAUCGUUGCAUAUUAUCAAUCAUGGAGCACUCGGGGCUUCGUGCGUCUUUCGAGCUUUCGAGUUCAGAAGGGUGUGAGUGGAUAUAUGGAAGAGAGGCAUUUUGCGAUGUAUAGAUAGAAAUUUUCAGGGACUUUAAGGUUUAAAAAGGUUGUGCGUAUGUUUGAUAGAUCGUCGGAUUAUUAGAUGAAUGUAAUAUAAUAGUCGAUACAGGGAUGAUCUCUCCUGUGCCCAAGGAGAGUUUUGCCGAAGUCAGUAGAAGAAAGUUUGAUUCUCAAAACAGGCUGCUCUCUUGUCGCUUGGUCUCCUCUCAUUUCAUC